AUGUCUGUCAGACUUCGAGUCAUACUGCAAGAAGAAGUUCGCAAGCUUUCCUUGCCCUCAGGAAUCCCUCAGACUGUGGGGGAAUUGAAGGAUGUUUUACAAGAGACAUUUGCAAUUGAGCAAGAUUUUAAUAUUCAUUUCCAGGACCAAGAAUUUGAUGGACAGUUUUUUAGUCUUCUUGAAACUAAGGACCUAAAAGACAAAGACACUAUCAAGGUGGUUCUUAUUGAACCAGUGAUCACACUAACAUUUGAGGAUUCUUUGAAUGCUAAAGGACUCCAAGAGAGCAUUGAUGGCAGUUAUGCAGAGUCAUCAGAAGAUGCCUGUUCCACUGCAUCCACCAUAAUUCUGUCUUCUCCAGAGAGCACCUCCUCCCUUCGUUCUGAGUCCUGGCCAGCUCAGUUUGAGAUACCUACCUUCUCCUUUGACACUGAACUCAUUCUACAAGCUGCAAAUGAAGCUUACAGAAAGGACGGGACCUUACUCAACAUUCCUGCAGUAAAAUCCAACAUUCUGGACAAACUAGCAGAUAGCAUCUUUGUCUACACUGCCUAUCCUUCACAAGCACAAAGGGAGCAGGUUGCUGAGGCCCUAGUUGCGAAGUACCCAUGUUUGAGGGAUCCAGUGUCCUUCAAUGGUUUAUAUAGUUGGCACAACAGCUUGAAGUAUAAGCUUGGCAAUUUCAGAGCAAAGGUGAGACACCUUGGACUCCCAGAGCUAAAUGUUAACUCUCGAAAGAGAAAAUCGGCUGCAGACUCCAGCACUCCAGAUAGAAACUUGAAAAAGGCGAAGAAAUCUGAGGUUAACUACCUUUCACCGCAUCCUCAAGGAGAAACUGAUGUAACGCUUGAGAAGGAGCGAGUGGAUCUUCUCUAUGAGUACAAGAAGAGAGACAAUAACAAACUCAUAAAUGAGAAGAUGGCAAAAACCUUCUCACUGCGUCGAAAUGAUGUGAUCCUCAACAAACCACCUGUGACUGACUUCAAAGCUCGAUGGCCGGCCUUAUUUGAGUUUUCCCAGAUCCAGGAGGAAUUCCGCAGGAUCACACUGAAGCCACUGCAGUCCACAUUCCUGGGCAAGUUGGACCAAUACACACCCAAGCUGUUGAGCCUGUACAGGAGGAAGGGUGGAGCCGUUGGGAAGAAACUUGAUGAGACCCUUGACAUGUUAAAUGAGGCAUGUAUUUACAACAGUGUAGUAGUAGUUAGUUAUAUGUAGUUGCUUUUCUGACGUCUGUUAUCUCUUUUUUUUUAAAUUAAGCUCAUAUUUCUCAUAUUAAUGAGUAAUCU